CGAAGGCAGCGGCUUAGCCCACUGAGCCACCCAGGCGCCCUGUAAGUAGAGCUCUUAAUUGCUGUCUCUACAGGGAAGUCUUUGAAUUUAGAGGAUUUCAGAAACGUGAAGGAGAAGGACAUGGUGAGGGCCUCUAGGAUCUGACUGAGAAGGAACAAAAAGAUGUGCUAAGCUGCCUCAGAGGGCAGUUGCCACUCUACUAGAGUGGGACUGGUGUCAUCUCCCCCAUUUCCUGCCCCUAGGCGUUGGAGGUCCUGAUCCCUGGUGGCCUACAGAUGGAGGGUCUAGCAGGUCUUCUCAUGAGUAGCUUUUUUAAUGCUGCUGGGUUCUUGGUAAAGGCACAUACAGGAUGCAUUCUGGAUAUCUUGGAUGCUUUGAUUAAGCUGUCUGAGGAGCAGCAUCGUGUGGCUGAGGCCCUAGAGAGGGGGACCCUGCCCCUGCUGAAGGACCAGGGAAGACAGCCUGGGCUGAGGGCCAGGGCCAGUAGAAGUGAAUACCUGUGCUCUCAAGGGACUCAGAAGACCCAAGGACAGUCUUUCCUACUUCAUAGUUCAUAGUUAAUUUGCAUCUAUUCAGCUGGUCUGUGGCAAUUUCCUGCAACACUUGGUUUCCAAGACAACUUGGAUGGGCUUUUUACACUCUGUUGCUAGCCUAUGGGCAGGGGGCGGGGCGAAGGGGCGCGCAGAAAACUGUUGUCCCAGGAUGGCAGUGCCAACACUGAUUAGCAGUGCCUGUCACUAUGUUGAGAGAAUAUGAGACUCUCCAGGAUCUGCAGUAAAAAGUGGCAUGAUAAUUUACUACAUCUGCCAGGGCCCAGGAUUAAGAAGUGUGGCCAAGUAUUUGCCAUUUCUAGUAUGAUUCCUUGUACCUAGCUUUGCAGUCUGGUGUGUUUCUUUCCAGGUAGAAUCUGUCCUGAAGCAGAACUGAAAUGAGCAGCCCUGUGAUGUGGGCUGAGACCGUGACACAUGACUUCUCUGUGCCCUCUGGUGUUGCUCUUUCCCUCCUGCUGCAGCUGGGGGAGAAGCCGACUCUGUGCCUUCCUAACUGUAUGUCAGCCCUUAAACCAUUCUCCUCACAAGCCUCUGGGGGCUCCCCUCCCAGGCCAUCCCUGUCCCCCACCUCCGGUCACCGGAAUGCUGUCUUUAUAACAAACAGCCGACUUUUCUUCAAUACAUCACGUUCCCUACAUGAGAAUGUCCAAAAAUCAACCCGGAUUGUAGGCAUGAGCUUCUGACUAAAACUGGCAGAUUGGUCAUAUUAAUUUUCUCUCCCUCUUGAAACCUAACUAAAUAAAGUAAAGCAAUAGAAAAGAUGUAAACCCACAAUGAUAAAGAGAAUGAGGCAGCAGAUAAGAGAUUCUGACACAUCUUUGGAAACUAGAAAGCAAUUAAAGGCAUUCAAGCCAGGAGGUGUGGGCCUGAGAGGAGCAGGAGUGUGGGAGGAGACUGCUGUUGCCUCAUCAUGAACCUUUUAUCUUUAAUAUUUUUUCAGACGAGGUAAUUAAAAGUAAAAUAUAUGCUUGUUGUAAAGUAUUUCACAUACUGCUCACGGUCAAAGGUGAUCUCCCCUUCUUCUUCUGAUAUAAUCACUGCUGACAUUUUUGGGCUACUUUAACAGUCUUCCUGUGAAGCAGUGUCUACAAUGGUAAUUUAAACACGAAGCUAGGAUGAUAUAAUAAAUUUGAUUUCUAUCUUUGGUACUUGAGUUGUUUUUUCUUUUAGAUUGGUAAAAAUAUUAUAUGCAACAGGAAUUCUCAUAAAUGCUGUUGGGGGGGAACUGCUUUAGUGAAUUGUUUGAUGGUGUCUAAUAGAAAGCUAAACAGGUGCCUGCGAGCCGGCCCCCCACAUGCCUGCGAGCCAGCCCCUCCACUUCCUAGGCACAUACCAAAGAGGAAGGAGUGUGCGUCUCCACCUAAAGACACGCAUUACAAAAACAUGAGCGUUAAGACCCCCAAGCUGAACACUGCUCAGAUGUCCGGUGACUUUAGGAUGGAUACAUAUAUUGUGGCAUAUUUAUGCAAGAAGAGAGAGCAAGUUACUGCUACACAUAACAAUAUAGAUGACUUUCACAGACACAGUGCUGAGCAAAUCACUCUAGACACAAAAGAACAUAUUUGAGUUCUCUGAGGAGCAGAUGACAAAACAGAAUUGGAUGUGCAAACGACAUGGUAACGGAAGCGACUCUAAAGAGUAAAGGGAGAGGGAGGGGGAAUGGCAAGACUUCGAUGAGGGUCUAAAACCUAAGAAAGGAGAGAAGGAGGGAAGGAUUGAGUAAGAAGAGUCUCAGACUGCUGGCAGUUCCGAGAGCCUCUUUGCUCAGCGCUGAGUCCCCAUCAGGCAGGACUGGCCAGGCUCUAAUGUCCACCCCAAGCUCAGCCUUUGGCUGGAAGCAGCCCCGGGAAGCCUGGUCUCAGGAGGGAGAUGUACAAGGGAGCAGACAGAGCUUCUUAGUCAGCUAUGCUUCCUGCAGCAGGUUCUCCUAAAGAAAAUCCUCCCUGGCCACCACAAUACUGUAUGAUCCCAUUAUAUGAGGCUCAAGAGCAGGGAAAAACUAAGCAAUGGUGGUAAAACUCAAAAUAGUGGUUAUCUUAGUGGAAUAGUCUUAACUGAGAAGAGGCAUGAGGGAAUCUUCUAGGGUGCUGGAAAUAUAUAAAGAUUCGUUGUGCUAACAUUUAUGAUCAAUAUAGUUCACUAUAUUUUACAUCAGUAAAAAAAGUAAAAAAAAAAAAGUACAUCGUAUAUAAUUCCAUGUAAAUGAAGUGAAAACCGAGCAAAACUAAAUGAUAGUGGUAGAAGUCAGAAUAGUGAGGGCAGUACUGGCUUAGAAGGGGCGUGAGGAAAUCUUCUGGGGCAUUGGAAAUAUUUUAUGACUUGAUCAGGAUAGUGGUUAUGUGGAUGUUUACAUGUAUAUAAAUCUAAUAAGACAUACAUUUAAGAUCUGGGCACUUUGUUUUUAACUUC